AUAAUAUGAAAAAUUUUACAAAUUACAAAUUACAUAUCUUAUUCGGCCGUACGCCUUACGGUAUGCCGAGGAUUCAAACAUCGAUUUCCAAUGCGAAAAUAACGUUUGUUGCAAUCGCUUACUGUCCCUUUAUACAGGUACGAUUACAAGAAUCGAUAAAAACCUUUAUUAUUGCGACAUUUGAAGGAAACAUUUCGAUUGCAGUACGAAUAGCAAAUCACACUCGCCUGUCACACGGCGUACUGUUCCAGUACGAAUUACCACUUCGAUAAUUUAUUGUGAAUAGCUUUUCAUUAGUCCUUCCAUUCUGCCUUCAUGAUCUGAGCAAUAGUGGGAAAUUUAAGAACACUGAUGGCAACUUCAAUUUCUAAUGUAUCCGAUGGAGAGAGAAGAUGGGUAGUUGUGGGUAUUUGUCUAUCCAAGGUUCUUGCACCUGCCUUAAGAAACGUUCUUGCAACUGAAUUGCAGAAGUGGUAUAAUCAGUUGUGUCAGCCACCUGAUGAAAUUGACAAGCAAGUUUAUCCUAGAGAGAAGAAAAACCUAUCACCUUCAACACUUGCGUUACAAUACAAGAACAUCAACAACAAUCAUGUUCACAAAUCGCCAAGUCGCUACGACUAUAAAGUUAACGACGCUUUGUCUUUGGCAAAGUUGUUUGUGAAACCAUUUAUGGCAAUGUUUACUGGUUUUGAUGAUACAAUGGAUAUGUCUGCAAUUCUGGCUGUGAUGUGUGAAGCAAAACCAUUCACCCUGUCUGGUGCAGCAGCUGAUGCAAAGAAGAUGAGGUCUGAUAUACGAAACAAGUGGGCUCAUUGUAACUUCUCUGAUUGGACCAAAGCCAUGUUCAAUGCUGCAAUUCACGACAUGGAGAGUUUGUUAAAAAAGAUGAAUAUGUCAGUCGCUGAUGAAAAAAGCUUGUGCGAUGAUCUAAAAAACUGGCAGCACAAAGGUUUGGCGUUGUGUUUUGGACAGUCUGUUGAUUCUGAACUUUUAAAAUUGGUUACAAAUGAAGUUUGUGAACUUCGUGGUUCUGUGAAAACAUGGAAGUUUGAAAGUGAUACGCAGAUUGAUGAGUUGUCCGACAAUCUUGGGAAAAUAUAUUCUAGCAUGAAUGAAGAGUUACGAGAGCUGACCAGGAGAAUUGAAAGAUGCGAGAAGUUGGAAUCAGAAAAUUCAAAAAUGCUUAGCCUACUUGACAACAAGUUUAGCAAAGAACUCUCGCAAUUUUCCAGCAAACAAGAUGAAGAGAUUCCUUACGUUUUUGAUGCUCCCAAUAGAAACAAGUAUUUCUCUGGUCGAACUGAAGAGCUUCAAGACCUUCAACGUAUUCUAAAGCAACACGAUACUGAGUUUGCAAAAAAAGCUUGUGUAGCUGCAGUCUGUGGUAUGGGAGGCAUUGGAAAAACAAGUCUUGUAACUGAGUAUGCUCACCAAAUGAAGAAUUAUUACCAAGGUGGUGUGUAUUGGUUCUCAGCAGAAGAUGAAAUGUUCUUUGAGCAGUCUGUGAAUGACACUGCUUUGAAACUUGGUGCUUCGCUUGGAAAUUUCGAGUUGACGUUGACAAAUACACUUAUAAGGAUUAGCAAGACAAGUAAACCAUGUUUAAUCGUCUUGGAUUGCCUGGAUCAACUGAAUAUCUCCCGCAAUAUACUAAAAUUUCUUUCCAUCGUGUGUAGACAUAGUGCCUCAGUAGCUGUUGUUUUGAUGACCAGGAGAAACAAAAGUGUGCUGGUUGAAGAAGUUUCAAGUCUACACGAAGAUCGCUGUUUUACUCUGAAAUGUCCGAAUGUCGAUGAAUCCAAGCAGUUCUUAUUUCUUAGGACUGGGUUGAUAAACGACCAAAACGCAAACAGUAUCGCUGAAAGUCUCGUUGAGGAGCUUGGAAGAUUACCAUUAGCUCUAGAGCAAGCAGGUGCUUGUAUCAAAGCGCUCAGUUGCAGUUUGUUCGAGUACCACGAGCAGUACAAGACAGAACGCUUAAAGUUGUUAGAAAUACAAAAAGCCAAGCCAGCAUCAUUCUAUGAAUCAUCGGAACGACUGGCCAUUCACACGACCUGGUUGUUAAAUAUCAAGCACAUCAGAGAAAGCUCUAAUGGUGCUCAUGCGAUCCGACUUAUGAAUGCCUUCGCAUUUUUUAAUGCAAAUGAGAUUGAGCCAGAGUUGGUGAACAUCGGUGAGCGCCCGAUUGAAGACAAAGAAUUUCAUCAUUGUAUGAACUCGCCUCUCGGUCGUCGUCAAGUUGUUAAACUGUUGACUGAUUUCUCACUUUUCACAUACGUCAAUACGCGCUCUAUCACUGUCCAUCGCGUAGUGCAAGAAUUAAUCAGAGAAAAUCUUGAUCCUUGCGAGAUGAAAGUUGAAAGUUUUGUUGAUGCUGUCCGCUUGCUUUACUUUGCAUUCUCCCAAAGCACAUCUCCAAGAAAUCUUGCGGGUAAUGCCGGUAUUGAAGAACGCUUCAGAGCUUUUGAUUUUCCCGCUAACCCUUGUUGUUAUUAUUUGUGGUCUAAGCUUUGUAUUCAUGCUUUGCAUCUUGAACAACAAUUUGAAAACAUACUUCAAUAUCUUGAUCAAAAAUGUGCAGAAUCGCUCUUUGUCCUGGAAAUAAGCAAAAUUGUUUAUGAAUGCGCUGUCUACCUGAGUGCUAACAUGAGGCAAGAAGCGGCUAAACGCACAUUAAAUUUUGCUUAUCGAAUAAUAGAUUGGAUUCCUUUACUGGAAUAUAACACGACGGUGGAAAAAGGUUUAUCCGAUGGCUCAUUAUUUCCCCUUGAUAUUCCUCUGCCAAAGUGGAUUAAAAUAUUAACAAGAAAAUGCUGUUCUCCCCCAAUGAUAUCUCUGGAACGUCUCGAUGAAAAACCGAAUGUGGUGACUGAGAUUCCCGACACUAGCCAGUUAGAGGAUAAGAUUGAAGAGCUUAGAUCGGAAGGAAAUAAGAGUUUCAAAGGAGGUCAAUAUAAAAAAGCAGUCGAUGCUUAUUCAUCCGCCAUAGAUAUUAGUAAACAGACAAAUUCCUUUAACCCAACGUUGCUUACUAACCGUGCUUCGGCUUACAUCAAACUGAAUCAGGUCGAAGAUGCUUUGAAUGAUGCUAAUGAGUAUAUUUUUCGACUCCCAGAUUGCUGGAGAGGUCAUGCUAGAAAAGCUUUAGCACUACUUGGUGAGAGAGUCAGCGCUGAAAUAGCGGCCGCUAUCUCUUAUUAUAAUUUCUUCGUAAAAUGUGGCAAAUGCCUAUUUUCAGAAUACCGACCAUUCACAGAAGCCUUCCAUGGUUUAAAGGAACGUAUUAGUAUUUGUGAUACUGUAUCCCAGUUAAAGGCCGUACUAUGGAAUAAUCAGGAAUGCCAACGUGUAAUAGUUCUUGGCUCGAAAGAGUAUUAUUUCAUACCAGAUUCUUCUCUGUACAGUCUCGUUGUGAACAACUGCAUCAUGGUUGGUGCAAAUCCUCAUAGUUCUGUUACUUUAAAAUUCGAAGGUCUUUCUUCUUUAAAAUUGAUGCGGAAAUGUAUGUUUACGAAUCUUUCGUUCGUUAUUGACAAAGGUCAAAUUCUAGCUCUUCCUUGUUCUUGCGUUAAAAUGCUUAAUUGUAAUUUUACUUCCUCCAACGAGGCUUCUCCACCUGUUGCGGUUCUGGGUGCGUUAAAUGCGGAACGAUGUAAGUUUAAUAACUGCCGAGCAGGCGGGCUACUCUGUGAAGAAGACUCUGGCUAUUUGUUAGUUGAUAACUGCACAUUGUCAGGUAACAGGAAAGCUGGAUUGGAAGUUCGUAAAAGUGGAAUACUGGUGGCGAGGAAUAGUCAAAUGCAUAACAAUGGUGAAGAUGGUUUAAUGGUAGGAGAGACCGCAGCAAAGUGCGAAGUAUUUGACUGUCAAAUUUACCAAAAUGCUCGCGAAGGAAUUGCAGUUGUGGAUGGCUCGAAGCGUGUCACUCUCGUACGAAAUCAUGUUUUUGAGAAUGACGGAAGUGGUAUAUUUGUAAGGAACUCGGACGUUGAUAUGAGAGAGAACAAGUUCUUUGAUAACGAAUCUUGGGGUGUUUGGUCGCAGACUAAUUCUUGGUGCCAGGUGUCUAUGAAUGAGAUCUUCCGUAACAAACGUGGUGGAGUUCGUGUUGGAAAGAGGCUAAGUGGAAAAGAAUUUCCUUGUUCUGUAGUUAAAUUGAACAAAGUCUAUAAUAACUUUGGCCCUGGUGUUGUUGACACUAUUAACAACUUCGAAGACAGCCGUCUUGUUGGAAGCGAUACAGACGUAUCUAAAACUCAUGGCGAUUACAAAUCUGCAAAAUAUGAUGAGAAUGUAGAAUAUAAUAACGAGGAAAGAAUUAUUUCCACCAAACCAAAUUUGUCUCCAUCAUGGUGUUCUGGGUGCUUUGGAAAAUGCGAAAGUUUGAAACUCUGUGGGAAGUGUUUCACUGCAGGCUAUUGCAACGCGGAUUGCCAAAAAAGUCACUGGUCAAAACACAAAAAAUUGUGCCCGGUUUUAAGAGAGAAAUCCAGCUUCUUGAUCAAUUCUAUGAAGAGAUUUGGUUUUGACGGGUUUGUUAAUGUUCAUGCGAAAGAUCUUGCAGAAGUUGGUCCAAACUAUUGUCCUCCUCCACCACGAGAUGGUAAAAGAUUCAUUGUUAAAUUACAAACAAAUUUUGAAACCGUGGCAUUUGGUGAACGGCACAUGCUUAUGAUUUAUGACCGCAGUCUUCAUUUGCACGAAAGCAUUCAAACCGAAUUCAUUGACCGUCUUGUAAAUGAAUUUGGAGUCCUCUGCGAAAGAAAAUAUGAAGAGAAAAAGCUUUUUCUUUUCUGCGUAUACGAAAAGAACGGAAAGCCUCGAUUGUUUAUCAAUCAAUUUGCCGACUUUCAGAAAUGGUAGGCAGAAGACUCUUUAUAUCUUUCGUAAGCAAGCUAUAUAAAGCUUCAUUUAAAUUGAACUAAAAUAUAAUUAUAUUUCAGAACAGUCGUCUCGAUAUAACUAUGUAUUACCACUUUAUUUCACUCAAUAUUACACUUCAGGUCGCAAGCGGCCCUCGCAUAAUCUGAAAUUAUAUAUCGUUACUUAAUUAACUAUAGAAUGUGCAAACGAUUAAUAAAUUAUAUAAUGUGCAAACGAUUAACGCUAACACAGGCUACGGGAUAUAGCCGCCCAGAAGUAAAUUUUGCACCGUAGACGAACUGGCUUAAACACUAUAAAACAGUAUACUUUAACAGUAUACUGACAUUUGUAUUACUUAUUACUUAGUUAACAAUUUCAAAU